AUGGCGGCGCCCGUAUCGCGCACACUGUUAGGGGUGGCACGGGGCUGGUGGCGAUUAGAGGGGCUCUCGACUGAGAUCCUGAGUGUUCGCAGCCUCAGCCUCGAGGCCGCACCCUCGAACACAGGGUCCCCAUGGCGCCUGUUGGGCGCAUUGUGCCUGCAGCGGCCACCGCUAAUCUCGAAGCCGCUGACCCCGUUGCAGGAAGAUAUGGCGGCUCUACUAGAGCAGAUUGAGGUAGAGAGAAGCUUGUACUCAGACCAUGAGUUUCGUGCAUUGGGUGAAACCCAGCGACUGGCGAGGAAGAAAGCUGACCUCUAUGAAGAAGAUGAUCAGGAGAUACUGCUGGUGCAGGAUUUGGAAGAUAUGUGGGAACAGACAUUCCUACAGUUCAAACUUGGAGCUCGUGUAACAGAAGCUGAUGAGAAGAAUGACCGAACUUCACUACACCGGAAGCUAGACAGGAACCUUAUUCUGUUGGUGAAAGAGAAGCUUGGAGGCGAGGAUAUUUGGAUGCUGCCCCAGACAGAGUGGCAGCCUGGGGAGACCCUCCGAGGAACAGCUGAGAGAACUCUGGCCACUCUCUCCAAAAACAACAUUGAAGCCAAGUUCCUAGGAAAUGCACCCUGUGGCCACUACAAGUUCAAGUUCCCCCAGGCAAUGCGGACAGAGAGUAACCUUGGGGCCAAAGUAUUCUUCUUCAAAGCACUACUACAAACUGGAGACUUUUCCCAGCCCAGGAAGAAGGACCAGCAUGUGUGGGUCAGUAAGGAGGAGCUGGGUGACUAUUUGAAACCAAGAUACCUGGCCCAGGUUAGGAGAUUUUUCUUGGACCUUUGA